AGCAGUGAAAUAAGCCCAUAAAAGUGAAAGACAGGGCGUUGGAUUCAGGUCCAUGCCUCUGCAGUGGCCUCCAGAAAAAAAAGCCCUGACUCUGAUUUUCCUUAUUCAAAACCCACUCAUGCUAUUGGGGUGUGUAACUCCUCCCAGCGCUCCUCUAGCCAAUCAUUCGGCAAGUUGAGUGUGGCCACGCCCAUCGCCCCUCCCUCAUUCUCGGUCAACUGUUUCCUCCCAGUGUCUCCCAUAGAGAGAGAAAGGAUUACCGUUUAUCACAGAAAACCGCCUUUGUUUUCCUUCGUGUAGGAUUUAUAAUAAGCGGAUACGACUCAGUCCUUUUGGGGAUGUUGACGAUACUUUAAUUCCUGACAGAAAUUCAAUAGGUUAAGAGGUGCAUGUGCCUCCUCCACCUCUUUUUGUGAAUGCCUCUCACCAUGGCUAAGAGGGAGACCGGCAGCACCAGUCCAGUGGUGCGACAAAUAGACAAGCAGUUUCUGGUCUGCAGCAUCUGUCUGGAGCACUACCACAACCCUAAAGUCCUACCCUGCCUGCACACCUUCUGUGAAAGAUGCCUCCAGAACUACAUCCCCCCUCAGUCUCUGACGCUGUCCUGCCCGGUGUGCCGGCAGACGUCCAUCCUGCCUGAGAAGGGUGUAGCAGCACUGCAGAAUAACUUCUUCAUUACUAAUCUGAUGGAGGUGCUGCAGAGGGAGUCGGAGUGCUCUCAGCCCGAAGCCUGUAACGUGCUGGAGUCAGCCAGCGCUGCCACAGCCCAGCCGCUCUCCUGCCCUAACCACGAGGGCAAGGUGAUGGAGUUUUACUGCGAGUCAUGUGAAACGGCAAUGUGUUUGGAGUGCACAGAGGGAGAACACCGGGAGCAUGUGACCGUUCCUCUGAGGGAUGUUCUAGAGCAGCACAAAGCAGCUCUCAAGAACCAACUGGACGCCAUUCGGACCAGGCUUCCUCAGCUAACAACGGCCAUCGACUUGGUGAACGAUAUCUCCAGGCAGCUGUCUGACAGAAAGAAUGACGCCAUCUCUGAAAUCAGCAGCACCUUUGAGGAGCUGGAGCGGGCACUGCACCAGCGCAAGAACACUCUCAUCACUGACCUGGAGAACAUCUGCAGCACAAAGCAGAAGGUGCUGCAGUCUCAGCUGGCUGCUCUGCUGCAGGGGAAGGAGAACAUCCUGAGCAGCUGCAGUUUCACUGAGCAGGCUCUGAACCAUGGCAGCGCCACUGAGGUUCUCCUGGUGCAGAAGCAGAUGGGCGAACGGAUGGGAGCACUAGAGCGUCACGCGUUCCCAGAGCAGCCACACGAGAACGGCCACCUGCAGUGCCAGGUGGAGACGGAAGGGCUGCGGCGCUCUAUCCAGAACCUGGGGGUCCUCCUGACCACAAGUGCCGUGGGACACACUAGCGUGGCAACAGGAGAGGGGCUCCGGCAUGCUCUAGUGGGACAGUCCACUACUGUCACUGUCACCACCAAGGAUAAGGCUGGUGAGCUGGUAAAGACAGGGAACGCAGCUCUAAAGGCUCAGAUCAAAGGUCCAGACGGCUCUGUCACUAAUGCUGAGGUGACAGACAAUAAGAACGGCACGUAUGAUGUGGGCUACUCACUGUGGAGUGAGGGGGAGUUCUCUUUCUCUCUGCUGCUGUACGGCCAGCCUGUACGUGGCAGCCCCUUCCGCCUUCGGGCUGUUAAACCCUGCGAUGCCCCGCAGUCCCCAGAUGAUGUGAAGAGGCGCGUGAAGUCCCCCGGUGGAGGAGGAGGUGGGGGACAUGUCCGUCAGAAAGCAGUGCGGAGGCCCUCCAGCAUGUACAGCACUACCAAGAAAAAGGAAAACCCAAUAGAGGACGAGCUUAUCUACAGAGUGGGGACGAGGGGGCGGGAGCGAGGAGAAUUCUCCAACCUGCAGGGCAUCUCCACCUCUAGCAAUGGACGCAUAGUGGUGGCUGACAGUAAUAACCAGUGCAUACAGAUAUUUUCUAAUGACGGUCAGUUUAAGCUGCGGUUUGGGGUGAGAGGUCGUUCUCCAGGGCAACUGCAGCGCCCCACUGGAGUCACAGUGGACAUGAACGGAGAUAUUAUUGUAGCUGACUAUGACAACAGAUGGAUCACUAUCUUCUCCUCUGAUGGCAAAUUUAAAAAUAAGAUUGGAGCGGGGCGACUGAUGGGACCUAAAGGAGUAGCUGUGGACAAGAAUGGCCACAUCAUAGCUGCAGACAACAAAGCCUGCUGCGUCUUCAUCUUUCAGUCCAACGGCAAACUGGUGACCAAAUUUGGAGCAAAGGGAACAUCGGACAGGCAGUUUUCAGACAAAAGUGCUCCAAACACUCCAACGGAGCCGAGGCUCAGUAAAUCCGGCCCUGUCUUCAGUCCCCAUUUUGUAGCCGUGAACAACAAGAAUGAAAUCGUUGUGACAGAUUUCCACAAUCACUCUGUUAAGGUCUAUAAUGCAGAUGGGGAGUUCCUGUUUAAAUUCGGUUCUCAUGGGGAAGGGAACGGCCAGUUCAAUGCUCCCACGGGGGUGGCAGUGGACACCAAUGGAAACAUCAUUGUUGCAGACUGGGGUAACAGUAGGAUACAGGUGUUUGACAGCUCAGGGUCCUUCCUGUCAUACAUCAACACGACGGCGGACCCGCUGUACGGCCCGCAGGGCCUGGCUCUCACCUCCGACGGUCAUGUAGCGGUGGCGGACUCUGGGAACCACUGUUUCAAAGUGUACCGCUACCUGCAGUAGGAACGGGCCGCUACUGCCAGAGAAGGACGACCCAGCAAAUGUAUUGUACAGGUGCAAUGACCUUUAGCAUUUACCGUUUUAUUUUGCACACCGGAAAGGUCUCAGCCACUCAAAAAACCUUUAGGGAGAUGUUAACAGCCAACAAACCAUUUUAUUUGAGCCGAAUCCAUGCUAAUUGGACUGGAGCUUAACAUUUAUCCUGUAUUCUUUAUUGCACUGAUUUGGAUUGAUUGUGAAUUUUUGACUGAAUCCAAAUCAGACUGCAGACGGCCAACACAAGGGAGUAAUAAUAAUCACAGUACUCUCGGCAGUGCUUGUGAAGGCAGCUACUCUUUAAGCUUUUAAAGUACUUUAUGAAGUAUUUUAUGAAUGUCUUGGUUUAGCUAAAAUAUCAAGCCACUUGGAUAUAUCCAUCAUCUAAAUGAAAUAGGAAAACCUUUCCAACAGCAUGGAAGCAAAGUUCCUUAGGAGUUUACUUCACAAAUGAUCAGUGAUCUAUCUUAUAAAUGUACUGUGAAAGCAAGCCAUUUCGUAUCAAACUGAACUAUUUGUGCAUUGACUCACUGUAUAUGUUGACACAUUUGUAUCAUAUCAUAUGUACAUUUGAUAGUUUUUUUUUGCUGUAAUAUGAGUUUGGAAAGCCACACUCCUUCAGUAGGGUCAAGCUUAGAAUGCCAGUGGUCUUAGCUGUAAAUGCACAUGUAGAGGAAGAGCAGCUUAUAGUUUUAGUGUGCGUUUGCCUUCAAAAUCUCUGCAUAUUUCUGACAAGGUUGUUAGCCAUAUCACACACCACAACAGCAUAAAUUUAGAAUGUUGUCUGCUCCUUUUUGAAGAGGGAAAAAUGUUAAUUUAUUUUAAUUUUGUAUACAGUGUUAUAAUUUACGGGUUAUCUUUUCUAAUUUCCAUGUUUUUGCAACACAAUGCCUUGACAUACAUACAGUAGACGCUUUCGCAUGAAACGCUUCAGCGUAGGAUGUAAACACAUUGCCAAAAUGUGAGUGAUUCAAAAAAUGUACAGAAACUUUGCCUUUUAAGAAGGAAGUGUUAAAGGCUCAGAAAGAAAUCAAGUUUACAGUUUUCCAUUUACCCAAAUGUAGACCAUCAAGACAUGCGUGGUGUCCUAGGAGCCAACAAACACUAGAAAUCAAUAGUCACCCAAACCUUUUCUGUAAAUACAUUCCCAGAACAUCUCUCAACCCACUCAAACCGCAUCCAGGACUUCACCAAUGACUACAGCAGUGGUCACCAACCCUGGUCCUGGAUAUCUGUCAUCCUGUGUGGUCUUGUUGGUUGUCACCAACCGCUUUCGAUCCAGCUAAUAAACUUCUUCAGAGGUUCUUGAUAGGCUUCACUGGAUGCAUUAGUUUUAGGUAGUUAAAGAGGAGCAUGUUAAAUGCAGGUUGGAAGUCAACUCCGCAGGAAGGUUGAUGGCCACUAGUCUAUGUAAGUUUUUUGCCAAGAAGCACUGAUGCACUGGAAAUAAAUCUGUGAUCACAAACUUAAUAUGAGCUUUUUUAUACCUCCUUUUCUCUUUCUUUCUCUUAUCAGUCAGAGAGGAUGUUUAAUUCAGUAAUCAGAUUUAUUCCUAGAUUGUUGAAGAUUGCCUGAACAGCAUUAAGACCUUUCAUUUUCACUUAUUCAGUAUUGAAUAUUCUUUAUCUCUAGUUUAUUUAUAUAAUCUUUUGGUUAAUUUAUAUUAUCAGAGUUCCUCUGCUUUAUAUUGUGUUUAAUUUAAUUUCUUACUGUAAAGUAACUAGUAUAAAUAUAUGGUGUUUUUUAAUACAAUACAAUACAAUAAACAGCCCUGAUGCAACAGUGUGUACAGCACAUCCACAAAUUAAUACAAAUUUACCCCAAUCAUAGCUUUUCAAUGCUCCUUCGGCAGAUUUUUCUGUUGAAGGAGGCCAUUUAGCAGUUUUGAUAGCCUGUUUAAAUGCCUGUAUGCAAAAUCCACACCCUUGACUUUAAUUUGAUGUUGCUGUAUUGUAUAGUCAAGCCCAGUAUUGGCUGUUCCUGUGAUGCUCAUGCACAGCAUGUAAUAAACUUUUUAACCCGUGGGAUAUACGUUCACUGCCUUGAGACCACAGCAAAUGCAAAAACGUUGACUCAUACAGUCAAUCUGCAGUUUCUAACUGAACUUGACAGUUAAACACAGUUAUUUUUCAGGUUAGUUAACUUAUUGUAGUCUCAGCUUCAGAUGACACAGAGUCGACUGGCAGCCACAACUACCGGUGUUCUGUCAUUUGCAUUCUGAUUGGCUAUCCACAUGUAUGUGUAAACACAGUUCCUUGCAGCAUGUUUAUCAAGUCAGGAAUAAGGUCUUGUUUUCUAUCUGGAUCCUAGUCAGUAAUUGAGAACAGCCACCUGCGCUGGACAUUGUGAUAAAAGUGAGCCUUUUAGGGCAGAAUAUAUUUGUGGGAUUUUCACAGUUGCCUCCUACACAAAAGGCCAAAACAGCAGGUUGUGAUUGGUUAUUUUGCAGCAAAAAGCACAGGAAUCUCUGCCAAUAGGUCUAGCUUGUCCCACACGUCAUUGAAAAAAAUCUGCAUGUUUUUAUUAACAUGAUAAAGUGGGACAAAUUUUGUUCUCACACAGCUGCUCCUAAAUGAAAAAUUUGGUCACAUUUGUUUUAAAAAGAAGCAGCAAAUGGCAGCUUUUCGCUUGCGCUGUAGAAUUCUGCACUGUAUGACUUACUGUACAUGAUAGAAAUGUACAGAAGUGCACAGUUAAGAUAACAGCUGUUGAUUCUGACUCCUUAUUUUGGGCACAUGCAUCACAUCACAUUCUCAAUUUCUGUUUAUUUUUUUUUUAAAAAAACCCUGAAGCAUGCAUUCAUAUUCGAUAUGAAGAUAUAUGUUUAGUAAUGGAAACAACAGAGAGUGUGAAUCUAACUUAGCUUGUUUGAUGCGCUUCACCAUGAAUGGAAGUUGGAUUCUGUGGCACUUUUUUGACUACAAAGGCUGGCUGCUGCAAUUAGCUACACAGUGAUUGUAAUGUCCUUAAGGAAUUUAGUUAGUCUUUUCAUUUUUCCUUUUUCCUUCUUGUAUUUAAUGAUUUGUUGUUACUUAUUUUUCAUAAAUGAGAAAAAAGGGACCUAAAUAACUAAAAUCUUUAGUUUAACAAGUUUAUUUGUAAAAUAAGUUUCUGGUCGCAACACACGAUGACUAGUCUCCUUGCAUCCUUGUGACGCAUCAUAGAGGCAAUGCCAUAAGUGCAUCUGGCAUUAAACGUAUUACAGUUCAUAUAUUAGCAAUGAUGAUGUUAAAAACUGUGUUUUUUAAGAAAAGAUAAUAAUGGGUUUGUUUACAGUUGUGUAUGAGCUAAUAGGUAUAUUAGCAGCUGCGGUAACUUCUACCUACAGUACAGAACAGUAAUGUAUAUGGCAAUGUUUACAACCAUGUACAAUAUAUAAUUAAGAACACAGGCACUGAACAGGUUUUGUAUUAUUUAUUUACAGUUUUCACCUGCAUGCUAAUGAGGAGGACCGUAAACAGUCAACCUUACUACAACUCUGUCUUCAUUGGCUAUGUUUUAGCUUGGUGUUUAGUCAGUUUCGACCAGAGAUAUACAUACCUAGAUGGCGCGUUGUCUGUUGUUCUCUAUGUGAGGGGAUACAUCUGCACAUUAGCCACGUUGGAGUGGUCAAGGUCCACUUCACGUGUAUUGAGAGAUGGUGAGUUCUGAGGAUUAAAUCGGCCACAACUUCCUUAAUACUUAAUCUAGGUUGCGCUGCUGUCAGUAGCUUUUAUUUCUUUCAUAACCGAUUAUGGUAAUCAGCCGUAAAUACCAGCAGGAAAACAUUUAGUCUGCACCUAUUGUUAAAAACUGAAUUUAGCAUUAGAAACACAAUCUCACACACAUCAGCAAAUCCUUCAGUGUAUGAAUAAUUUGAAAGUUUAAUAACCCCCCAAAACACUGUAAGAAGGAUAAAGCUGAAGUUGGCGUCCUAUUCGCCAGCUUCUUGUUCCGAGUUUUCCCAUUCCAUCUUAAUUUGGUGCAGCAGUCACUUUCUGGUGCCUGAAGCUGCAAGAAGCUGUCACCUAAGAAGCUAACUGUGUAAGAAGGUGCUAAAGUUAAUCUGUUAUGAUUAUUUACACAGAUUAAGGAAUGCUAAAACUUACCAAGCUUCAAAGCUUUAACCAUCAUUGCAAAUAAAUAACUACUGCAUAAAAGUUAAGAUCCCCUGAAUAGACUAUUAAACAAAACAAGCUUAAUAUAAAACCAGAGGAAAAACAAUCACAUCCACAGGUUCUCUGGGCCUCACCAUCCACACGAACAUAUCUACACAUAACAUGACUCAAAAAAUACACAUCACACAACCAUGAGCGUGGAUGACCUAAACCACACUUUGACAAGUCUGUGUUACUUUAGUGAAGGUGGGUUAACCUGGAUGCGGUUUGAGUGGAAUUUUGGGAAUGUAUACACGGAAUAGAUUUACUGAAUUCUAGUGUUUAUCGGUGUUAGACUUGUAGCCAAAGCUACAAAGAUAGAAAAUUUGGACACCAAACAAGUCUCAGCUGAUCAGCUAUAUCUGGGGUAAGUGGAAGACUGUGUCGGUUUGAAACUUCCCUUUAGGAAGCUAAAACUUACAAAGAUUUGUGCCAAGAAUCUGCUGAUAGUUUGAUCCACAAAGACGGUUGUUAGAAGUGUAAAUAGUUCUGCUCCUAACGUUUUUAGCUUAUCUUCAAAUCCUGCUUCUACCCGUCCAGACUAGUGUGCAUUGCUCAUUUUCUAAGUCUACUUGACUUAAGCCUCGUGUAACUCAGUAGAAAGCUGUUAAAACCACUGUUCCCUACUAGAAGCUAUAUUUAACAGGAAGUAUCAGUGAAGCAAUCCAUUCUUUAGUGAUCUUUAUUUGACAUAACAUCCUCUUUACUCAGGCUACAUAUUUGGCAUAUAAAGGCAGACAUUUCAGUAAAAUCAGUAUUCAGUUUGAGUUCCAACAGUUUCAGGUUCACUUUUUAAGACCAGUCGUCUCAUAAUAUGAACUUUAAAUGCGUCAGGCAAAGCAAGGCAGGGACUCGGUGGUUAAUCUCACAUUGAUCACUGAUCCAGACAUCACUGUCUGAAAGGCAUAAUCUUUGUUAGGUAAUGCUACAUCCUACAGGACUAAUGUUUCAUAAUAAGUGCGCAUUCCAGAAGGUAUAGUACCUUUUACAUAACAGAGGUCAUACUUAAGCAUUGCCAAACAUGGACUCUUCAUUAGAAGGUCAACGCUACGACAUGCUUCUGCUGAACUUUAAACUGUGCUGUUCCACAAAUUGCUUUUCUUUCUUUGUCAUAUGCACUGAAAAUAAAAGCACACGAUUUACUCUG